AUGAUCUCGGAGGAUAUCCCAAGCGAGAGCAACGCAGUGCUGAUUUACGCCCCAAGCGUUACUUUCUUCAUUGUGACGCCUAUCUUUAUACUUUUCCGCAUUUGGAGCCGUGUAGCUAGGAGAUCGAGUCUGGGUUGGGAUGAUACAACCAUCAUUAUAUCCUUUUCAUCUGCCUUGACUGUACAAACUGUUAUGGUAGUCUCCUGCAGCUACGGAUUUGGUCGCCAUAUUGAAACCUUGACCACAGAUGACAAAUUGAUGGCGCUCAAGCCUAUAUGGAUAAGUCAACUACCCGUCGCGCACAAACGUGCACUCAUGAUGGUUCUUACCAUGGGUGGCGGUGUUGUUAUAGUGACAUCCAUCGUGCGCAUGACAACCCUCGAUCUGGCAACCAAAACUCUUGAUACGACAUUCGAUAUUAGCUCCACAAUGUGGACUAUAAUCGAACAAAAUUUAGCUAUUAUCUGCACAUGUCUCCCUAUGUGCCGCAUCCCCAUCGCUAUUAUCCUCCCAUCAUGUUUCUCUACUUCAAAGAAAUCAUCACACAGUGUUUCUCAACGCAUCGAUGGAUCUCGAGGUCAGACUGGAGCUGGGAAUCCUUACGUUAGGCCCAGAAGUGUACAAGGCCUUACACGAAGUGUCGUACUUCCAACCGAUGAAGCAAGUGAGGAAGUCAUAUUGGGCUCUUGAGAAAGAACUG